CCGGAAUACCUUCGUUCAAGAAGCACGUUUGUGUGUCUUUUCUAUUUGAUUUUUCUUUUCAUUCAGCGAUAAGGAAUUUUUCUUGUCAAUAGUAAAGAAGAAAAUUUUAUAUUUAAUUUAUUUCUUUUCUGUAUCAAACAAAAUGAAUUAACAAUUCAAUUUUUAACGAGAUUUAAGUGAUUCUGGACAUGAGACAAAAUUGGGCGUGAUAUCAUCUUUGGAUAAAUUCUUUGAAUUUUGUGAAUCAACAUGUGAAUGAUUUUUUACACAUAACACGAAAAAAAAAUUGAGAAUCCACAGCGACACUCACUUCUCCAGCCACUUGUAUGCUUGUUUCGCAUAAAAUUAGCAUAUAAAGAGUUGUAGAUUUAUUGCUGCAGUGCGUUCCCUUGAUAAGAAAACUCUUAUUAGUUAUCUCACAGCAGUGAACUUGUGCGUGUAAAUGGAAUGUGGAUUAGCUUUUGUGCUGCUCUAGCUAACUUUUUUACUUAGCGAGUGUUAGUUCAAAUUAGAAUUAUAAAUAUUGUGCAAAGCUGUAUUUGUGAUACGUAACUUUUUGAAGGAAAAUUCCCUGGCUAAUGGAUAAAUUUUCUUGCAAAAGAUUCCGAUGAAAAGUCUCAAAGCACAUGAAAGUGUUCUGUAUAUAAUAUUUUCUCUGUUUUCUCUCCACUCAAUUGCAUUUCAGCACAACUCUAAAUUAUUAAAUCAACUAUAAGAAUGUGUGAGAAUGAUAAAGUGAAGGAGACGAUCGUCUCACUCAAAUGCUCUUUUAAAAAUAUAUUCUUUUUCACACAAACGAAAAGAAGAAAAAAUGUGCUGCUUAUUGAGAAUGUAUUAAUAUCGAGCAACACUAGUUUGUUAAUUUUUGUGAAAGAGACACAAUUUUAUUCAUGAAAAUUAUUCUGUUAAAUAUUUAUUUCCUUCUGUGUUGAAAAGUCUUUAUUUUUUGAUAGAGAUUUUAAGAUUUAUAUCAGUUUUUUUUUUAAAUAUUAAAAUGCAGAAAAACCAGAAAAACCCUUAAAAGCAAGAAAAAGAUCCUUUCCCAAUAACUGCCAAGUUAUUUUGCUAAUGAUUGUAAAUGUUUGUACUAUUACGGAUUAUAUUUUAUUGUUAUGUACUUAUAUCGCUGCUAUAUGUUACCUACACUUGAAUUUUUUGAUAAUUCUUUGCGUAUUUAUUUGGAUUUGGAUAUUACAUAAAAUGUUAUCACAUUUUUGUACAAAUAUUCGCAUUUUUCUGUAGUAUCUUUCUUUGACUCACUUGAGAAAUGCAAACUAGUUCAUACAAUAUUAUUCGUAUUAAUGUUUAAGACGUUGCCACGUAUAGAAGUCGGAAAAAAUAGUAUUUUUAUCUACCGUAUCUACAUAUUAAAAUAUCUGAAGAAUUUUAACUAGAUUAAUAAUUAGAAUCGAUGUAAAAAAAAUUGUUUUCUAAAGAAUGUGAGAGAGUAGGUAAACAAAGUGGCAGAAAUGUUUUCCUGGUUGUGGAAUUUGUGGUCUAAAGAUGAUGUAAGGUCAAUUUCUUACCUUAAGAAUAGAUUUUAAAAUUCUAAAAAAUCAAAUUUGUAUUCUUGGUGUUGUUUUAAUAAAAGAUAAUAAAACUGGGACGUGGCUAAAAAUCUGUUCAAAUGAGACUUUUUUGAAAAUAUGUUGUUAUAAUUAAAAAAAACUCUAAAAGUAAAAUGUAAAAGAAUCAUUUUGGAUUCAAGAUUUUUAAAGAAAUUACAAAACAUAUCAACGACUGUGAAUUAGUCGUUGUUGACAAUUAGUUUUUAACGUUUGACAUUUCCUUUUGACAUUUGGAACGUUUAACGCUUCAAUUCAAACGUUUGACACUUCGAUUCUGACAUUUGUUUCUCCUUUUCGCGUAUUUGACAUAUCUUUUCUAACAUUUGACAUUUCUUGUGUAUUUGACGUUUCUUUUUGAAUUUUUUUUCGAACGUUAAAUUGACAUUACUUUUCUAAUGAUUGACGUUUCUUUCUAAAAUUAAUCGUUUGUUUCCUAGUGUUUGAUACUUCCUUCCCAUCGUUUGACAACUUUUGAUUUUUCUAACGUUCGGCAUUUUUUUCUAUGUCGUUUAAAAAUCUUUUAUCUGAUUUUUUUUAUAUUUAAAUACCCAAACACCCUCCCUGGCUACGUUACUGUCCAGGGGGCCAAGACGUAUUAAAAAUAAAGGUCAAUCGUUCCUCGAAAGCGAUUAUCAUCAAUCGUAAAAUAUGUACAAAUAUGAUGCAAAAAGCGUACGAUCUUUUAACUCAUUUAAUGUUUAUUUUACUGUAAUAAAUCAUUUACAAAUUUUAUCCACAAAAUUUAAAAGAAAAUAUCUCAUUAAAAAGAAUAAAAAAAUGCCCAUAAAAUGCAAAAUAAAAUUAUUUUAAACAUUCCCUCACUCCGAGAAGACAAACAGUCAAUAAAAAAUGAAUCACAAAACACUUUUUUUGAGGAAAUGUAAUGAUACUUUUUUUUUCCUCCAAAAGUGUAUGAAAUUCAUACGUGCAGAUACCAUUUUCAAUUUAAUACCUCCUUAUCUUAUCGAUUUCUAUUCCAUGCCAUAUUGGAGGGGUUUUUGUACGAAUGAUAAGGCAAAGCAGGGUAUUCUGGAAAGUUAUUUGUGAACACAGACACUUGAUUGUAUCACGUUAAAGGCAAAGAGUUGUUCCUUCUUAUUCAAAAGUGCAGCAGAGUGUGAUAAAAAGAAAAUCGAGGAAUGGUGAAAGAUGUUGAAGAUGUCAGAGGAGACAGAUACGUACAAUUUAGCUGAAUUUUUCAAUGAAGAAAACAAUGAUGUGACAUUACUAAAAGCCAAAGAUUCCAAUAUUGGAAAUGAUGAGACUGUGUGUGAUUUGACUGAGGAGGAGGAGGUUUUCCCAACGCCGAGUGAGCAAGAAGAUGGAAGUUUUACUCCUGAGUUGGAUGAUGAAGUUAUUUCGACAUUCCUGGAGCAUACAAAUAAUCUUGCUGAAGCACGUUUGGCCGCAAGACGUCAAGCACGUGCUGAAGCGAGGGAGAUUCGUAUGCGGGAACUUGAGCGACAGCAAAAGGAGCAAGAACAAAAUGCUGAUCGUGUGUAUGAUAUGCACAACAAUGCCAAUGCGGAUACAAUUGGAAGGAGUAGAAUUGCUAUAUCAUCCGUGUCCAAUUCAACUGGAUUGCGGAGUAGUAGCACAAUAUCCCGGAGAAGUAGUGAAGAUUCACUCGAAGAGGAAGGACGUAGUCUCAGGGAUGUUCGAUAUGAACUUAAGGAGAUGGAAGAUCGCUACCGAAAGGCCAUGGUCACAAAUGCACAGCUCGACAAUGAGAGAGCUUCACAGUCAUAUCAAAUACAAUUGCUAAAGGAUAAAUUGGAGGAAUUGGAGGAGAGUAAGGCCCAGUUAAAUAGAGAGCAUAAGGAUAAGUGUCGUGAAUUUGAGGCGCUCAAGCGGAAUAAUGAGAAACUUCAGGAGGAAUUUAAAUUGGUUCAGGGUCAACUUCAGGAGCGCGAUACACUAAUUGCACAGCAAGGAUUAGUUAUAGUUAUGGUGGAGAAUGAGGAUGGCACUGAUGCCAAACGGACUCUAGUCAGCGUAGAUAAUGCCCAGUUUUUGGAGUCUGUACAGGGCUCUUUAGAUGUGCGAUUGAGGAAGUUGAAGGAAGAGAAGAAUCAACUACAGGCAGAAUUGCAAAAGCUGCAGGAACAGAUGCUAGAAAUAAAGACACAAGGGCGACGAUCGGGGUCUCUCAAUGGGCCUUUUGGGGAUGAUAUUGAAGAUAUACAGCGAGAAGCAAAUAAACAAAUUGCUGAAUAUCGGUACAAACUCCAAAAAGCCGAAGCUGAAGUAGCAACACUACAGUCUACAUUGGCCAGGUCAGAAACACAAGUGAUUCGAUAUAAAAGUACAGCUGAAGCUGCUGAAAAAGCCGAAGCAGAGUUGAAGAUUGAGAGAAGAAAAUUGCAGAGAGAGAACCGGGAAGCAAUGGAGCGAUUAGAGGAGCUUGAAACGGAAAAUAAUCACUUGCUGAAGAGGAUGGAUAAGCUCAAGAAUGCUAAAAGUGCAUUAUUUAAGGACAUAUGAUAUCGAGAUAUUAAUAUUCUUAUCAUGUGGUCGGUUGUCAUGUCUUUUGUGUAAAAUUUGUGGUGAUGACGGUAUAUGAGUGUGUUUGAAAA